GAAUGCGAGUCCACAAAAAGUGGGAUCCUUCUUUCUCACUCAGCGACAGAACGAGUUUUUACUCUUGGAGUGCCAACCCGCUUCCCCAAUCCACCCCGUACGGUCUACGCCUCUAGCUAGUUGUUUCCCAGUUUUCCAGUCUAUAAUAAAUAUCUUCACUUUGGCGGCUCCUCUUUAUUCUACAUAUGUAUGUCUAGGUUCGCUUUUCCAGCAGUAGCAGCAGCAUCGACUUCUAAAGCAUGGCUUGGCCUCCCUUUACUUCUUGUUGUUCAUGCUUGCUAUUCGUUUUCUUUUUCGGUUUGGGUUCCCGGAUCUGUUAUGGCUUCAGGUUCGGCUUCGACAUCCACCACCGCUUCUCCGAUCCCGUUAAGGGAUUUCUCGGCCUCGAUGACCUCCCCGAGAAGGGAAGCUUAGACUACUACGUUGUCAUGGCCUACCGUGACCGCUUAAUUCGCGCCCGUCACCUCGCCGCCAGCUACGGCCAGUCCUCGCUACUCACUUUCGCCAAUGGAAACGACACUUUCUUUACCGGCUCUUUGGGAUUUUUGCAUUAUGCCAAUGUUUCUGUGGGGACACCAAGUUUAUCCUUUUUGGUGGCAUUAGACACAGGCAGUAAUUUGUUCUGGCUACCAUGCGAUUGUAAGAAAGGUGGCUGCGUUACUGGCUUGCAGACAUCAUCUGGAAAGGAAAUAAAAUUCAACAUCUACAGCCCUAAUAAUUCAUCAACAAGUGAAAAAUUAUCCAGCGACAGCACCCUGUGCAGACCAAGUGAUCAAUGCUCUUCAGCAAGAAGUAAUUGUUGUUAUAAAAUUGUGUAUCUUUCUAGCAAUACUUCAUCUACUGGGAUCUUGGUAGAGGAUGUUUUGCGCUUAGUUACAGAUGAUGACCAAUCAAAAGCUGUUGACGCUCGGAUUACAUUUGGUUGUGGUCAAAUUCAGACAGGUACUUUUUUGAUGGGUGCAGCACCAAACGGUCUGUUUGGGCUUGGCAUGCAAGAUAUAUCCGUACCUAGCAUCUUAGCAAAAAAUAGGCUAGCAUCAAAUUCCUUUGCGUUGUGUUUUGGACUUGAUGGGGUUGGGAGAAUCAAUUUUGGAUUUAAUGGCAGCUCAGACCAAAGUGAAACACCAUUCAAUGUUCGGCAAUCACAUCCAUCUUAUAACAUCAGCAUCACUCGAAUAACUGUGGGAAGCAAUUCUUCUGAGCUGGAGUUCAGUGCCAUCUUUGACUCUGGCACAGCUUUCACACACCUAAGCGACCCGGCUUAUACUUUUAUUUCCGAGAGUUUCAAUUCCAAGGUCGAAGAAAAGCGGAAUUCACCUGAUUCGGUGAUCCCCUUUGAAUACUGUUAUGAAUUACGUGCAAACCAAAGCACCUUUAAAAUCCCUAGUAUGAAUCUGACAAUGAAAGGCGGAGACGACUAUUUUCUCAAACAUCCAACUGCAUUGAUCCCAACUCCGGAGGGUGGAUAUUUGUAUUGUCUGGCUCUUCUCAAAAGUGAAGAUAUAAACAUCAUAGGACAAAACUUCAUGAGUGGUUAUCAUAUAGUUUUUGAUCGUGAGAAGAUGAUAUUAGGUUGGAAGGACUCAAACUGUUACAAUGAUGAGAGUUCUAACACUCUACCCAUCAGCCCAUCACCAUCUUCUGCGGUUUCCCCUGUUCGUCCUGCUAUCCCAGUAACCACAGAAGGCAAUGCAAACAAUUCUCAUAUGCCUGCUGCAGCACCAUCCAGUUAUUCAUCCAAGUUGAAGUCUUUUACUUACACAGUCACAAUUCUUCUUUCUUUUUUUGCUAUUGUUUGAUCAUUCUUCUUCUUUUGUGAGGCUCUCCCAACCCCUGUACUAUAUAAAUAUAUACAUAUACUGAUAUUCAUUAUAUUUCUUGGAAGCAUUGUUUUUAUUUUUUAUUUUUUGUCACACUAUAGGCUAUAUAAGAAUCGGAAGGCCAGUUGGCCUCCUUAGUGUUCGGUAGCA